AGUGACGUAAUAGCGAGAGCGGGACGCGCAUUAUCCGCUGCAGCAUCCGGGUCCCUAACAAACCAAUCCGCGCGGAGAGAGAGGUUUGCUGAGCGCGACGCAAGGCAGUAGCCCCCCCUUCGGGAAAACAAAACAACCGGAGCCAGAAAUGCCCCACCACCCAGCUGCUGACUGCCUUAACGGGCUUAUGUGAUGCAUGUCAUAUAUUUUCAUAAAACAUUUUUUUUCAUAAUCGAUUUCUGGCUGUUUUGAAGUUAGUUUACUUGCUAAUUGGCUAGCCAUCGAUCGAUUGAUGGGUGUUGUGGCUGUCAGCGCUGGUUUAUAGUGUUUACUAUCUAGCUUAUCAUACUGAUAUUAAGGCUCUUACCCGCGGCUUUGGUGCCUCGGUGUUUCUUCAUUCAGCAAAAAACACGAAGAAGCUGGAGCAAAAUAAGAAUGGGUGCGUUCCUAGACAAGCCAAAGAUGGAGAAGCACAAUUCUCAUGGUGAGGGGAACGGCCUGCGCUACGGACUCAGCAGCAUGCAGGGCUGGCGUGUGGAGAUGGAGGACGCACACACGGCUGUGACAGGGCUGCCUUACGGCCUCGGCCUGUGGUCUUUUUUUGCCGUCUAUGAUGGGCAUGCAGGCUCUCAGGUUGCUCGUUACUGCUGUGAGCAUCUGCUGGAUCACAUCACCAGCAACCCGGACUUCAGGAGAGGCUGCUCAGGAGGUGGGGAUUUAAUUAAUGCUGAGCCCUCCGUGGAGGGUGUGAAAUGUGGAAUCCGCACAGGCUUCCUGCAGAUCGACGAGCACAUGCGGGCCAUGUCCGAACGCAAGCACGGGGCAGACCGCAGUGGUUCCACUGCAGUGGGUGUGAUGAUUUCUCCUCAUCACUUUUAUUUCAUCAAUUGUGGUGACUCCAGAGCCUUGCUGAGCCGCAAGGGUCAAGUUCACUUCUUCACCCAGGACCACAAGCCGAGUAACCCCCUGGAAAAGGAGAGGAUCCAGAACGCAGGUGGUUCUGUUAUGAUCCAGAGGGUCAACGGCUCCCUCGCUGUCUCCCGUGCUCUCGGCGACUUCGACUAUAAGUGUGUGCAUGGGAAAGGCCCCACUGAGCAGCUGGUGUCCCCGGAGCCAGAAGUGUAUGAGAUCGAGCGCUCUGAGACUGAGGAUGAAUUUGUGGUACUGGCCUGCGAUGGCAUUUGGGACGUCAUGGCCAAUGAAGAACUGUGUGAUUUCGUGCGCUCACGCCUGGAAGUGACAGAAGACCUGGAGAGAGUGUGUAAUGAGAUCGUGGACACGUGUUUGUACAAGGGUAGUCGUGACAACAUGAGUGUGGUGCUUGUAUGUUUUCCUGGGGCCCCAAAAAUCAACCCAGAAGUGGUGAAGCGAGAGGCGGAGCUAGAUAAGUACCUGCAGAACAGAGAGGGUGGAGCAUGUAAAAAGACGAAUAAAUAACAUGUAUUCCAAAUACGAAGGGAGAGUUCUAGAAAGUGAGCAUUCUUACUUAAUUAGGUGAGUUUGUUAGAUGGCAGUUUACACUUACCAAUUAAGAAUAUUUUACCGCUAACGUAAAGUUUCCAAUUAACGAAUCCCCAUAUUGGAGAGGAAAGACUCACUGGUACUGUAUUAGCACAGUUAGGACUAAUAAGAAUCAAUUUUAACCAGAGAGAAAUACCACAGUGUGAAUUUAUUUGAGCUUAUAUUGCCAAUUAGAGGCCUUUAUUUAUUGCCAAUAUGGAAAAGCUCUUAGACAAUUUAGAGGUAACCUGUAGCUUUACCAGAGGUUUUAUUUUAGUGCAUCCGAGGAUCCUCCAAACCAGUGCAUAUUACUUGGUAUAUUAUUAGCUGCUAAGUGAUGGUGAGUAAGUGCAAUUGUAGUCGAGGAAAAAGGAGUGAUGAAAACCCAACAUUUGGCUCUGCACUUUUUCAUUAAGCGCUGCUAUUCUUAAAGGCAUCUUCUAUUAAUAAGAGAGAGACCAAAUUUGAGAUCUCAGUUAGAGUACAAUAUGUUCAUGUGUUCGAGCAGAAUUAAUACAAAGUGUAGUUUUGCAUUCUGUUUGUGACCGUGCGUUCUUGAGAUAGUUGUUUUCAUCCACUUAUACAAGCAUGUGUUUAAGUCUGGCAAUCCGUUUCAUUUGCAUCUUUCUGAAAAGUCGAUCUAAAUGAGAGUGAAUGUCAGGCCUCCACUGCUGAUUACCUGAAAUUGUAGCUGACACUUCUGUUCAUGGCCUGAUGAUGCAGUUUCUUGUCUGUAGUAGUGGCCACGAGCAUUUUAAUCUGCAUGAUUCCUGUCAUGUAAUAUGGAACAUUGUUGCCUUAGGCCUUAUUUACAGUGACUACCUUGUUUAGAAUCGAUAGGUUAGAAUUAGGUAUCAACCCCAACUGCUUGGAAGAGUCAAAUGAAAUCCAAUGGACACAUGGUACUGAAAGCAUGCACUGUACCGAUAGCACGAUAAGUUGUGUACACCUCUUGCAUGUAAGCUACAUUAAGAAAAAACAGGGAUAGGUCUUAGAGUUAGGUUGGUCUGACAGAAGUCUUGUACUUUGUACAGUAUACAUCUGUAACCCCUGAGCAACCGCUUCCGUGUGAACUCAACAGAGUGUUUGAAAGAUUGUGUCAAUGUUUUACAAUCCUCUCCGAGUUGUUUACUACUUGUUGCCUCAAACUGACACUAUGUCAAUCCUCUGGUUUAUUUAUAAAUAUUAAGAAAAAUCAUUUAGUUAGGGAAUUCUUGGUGCAUAGAGUGGUAUUCAGUCUGUUUGCACUGUUUGAGAUGUAGAUCCUUGUUGGUACAAUGAUUGCACAUUUAUAGUACAAUGGUACACUGCUUUUGUGUCUGUAAAACCAACAAGAUUUGGCUUUUUUCCCCCCUUACCUACAAUUUUGAAAGUUUCUCAUUUAAAUUUCUUAUUUUUGACCCCCAGUACCCCAUGGACUUGUCCUAACAUGGCGCGACUCAACAAAAUUUUAGCGACAAGCAAUUUGUCUAAUGGUUACGGUAGUUCACCUAAAAAUGAAAAUCAUUUACUCACCCUCAUGUCGUUCAUUAAAAACUUUGGAUCCCAUUAACUUUCAUAAUAUGGACAGAAAAAAGUAAAAGUAUAAAGUAUCUUCUUACAUAGAAGAAAGAAAAAAAAACAUCACUUUGAGAUUACAUUAGAGGUCAUUUAUUUAAUUUGUUGGGGAGAACUAUCACUAAUGUAAAUGUGACGUGACUCAGUGCAAUCAAUCACAAAACCUGGCCAAUCAGAACAGCUCCCACUGUUUCAGAAUGUGUGAAUCCAUUCCUCCUUGUCCAUGUUUGAUGUUUAAUAUAUAUGAAAUCAAUAUACUUGAGCAGUACUUCAGUCUAGUGAAUUUUCAUUUUGGACAGGUCUACCAGUGCUCAACAAGUGAAAAAGAAACCAUGGUACCGACAAAAUAAUAAGGUGCAAUUUGUUUUAUCAAAUUGCACCUUAUUACAGAAACUGAUUUUUUUUUUUUUUUUUUUUGCCUGCAGUAGUAAAGCAUAGUUCUUUUUAUUUAGCAAAAUUUCCCCUUAGAACCAAAAGAUCCCACAUGUUCUUUGUUUUACCAGGAAAAGUUUUUUAGCGUUAAGAUGUGUUUAACUUGAUGAAAAACAUAGUGUGCCUGCUCAAGAGAACUCUUGAGAUUAAAAAGAUUGUAGGUUGUUCCUGUACCAUAUUAGUUUCAUUUUGCUUGGGUUUGCUGUUGUAUCUCCUCCUCACUGUGUGACAUCUUGAUAAUCCACUGUUUAUUAAAUUAGCCUUAAAUAUUUUCUUCCAUAAUAGCACACCUGAGAUCUGUAUGCUUUGAUGAGACUUCAUGUGUUUGUAUACCUACAAAGAGUGACCAGGUUCUUCUGGGAGAGCCUUUAAUUGUGCCUAUGAGUGAGUCAAUGGCCAGUUGUAGCAUUCAGAUGAACUUUCUAAAUCUUUUGUGGUGAUUUCUGUUAUUUUUGUAACAUUAUUCUACUCGAGCAUAAUUUUUGCUUGUGCAUUCGGUAGCAUUUGGCCCCUUACAGAAAGUGCCAUGCGAGGGAUUUGAAAACAAUUCACUUGUGAUCAUUGCUGCACAUACCACAACCUAACCUAGUGACUCAAACAUUGGGUGGAAAUAUUGCCUUACUGACAAACAAAGCAGGCAUUAUAUGGUCCAUAAAGUAUUGUAGGAGAUCACCUUGAUUUCUAACUGUAGCCCCAUGAAAUUGAGAUGUACAGGGAAAGAAAAUGUCAACUACAAUUCUGUCCUUAUACAAAGUUCAUUGCAUUUCAAGUGAAGCAAGCAACUGCAAAUAAAACAGGCCUUUGUAACAUUGGAUAAUUUCAAAAUGUAUCUUCUGAAACAUUAAUCAGUAGGGCAAAUAGAAGCCCACUUAUUGUCAUAUACCCGCGCUGUGUUGUGAUAUUGGUCCCUGUGUGUCACUUCUGUCUUUAUCUCUCAGGUCCAAACUGACAAGCAACAGAGGACACUAUUUAUUUAAAUUAUUUAUUGUCUUUAUAGUAUUUUGCCUCUUUUGAUUGAAACUGUCCAUGCAUUCCAUUUUCUUUAGCCAAAUAAGCACUACUAAUGCAAUGAAAAUCUUCUAUUCUUUUCUCCUUGUAUUUAUUGUUAUAUAUCUGUCAUGAAUAGUCCAUGUGAAGUGAAAGCUAUGCCAGUUAAAUAUGCAUCAUGUCUUGGUUUCAUCUACACACAGUAGUUUCUUCACUUGCUGUUCACGCUUUUCACUGUUCUGUCAGAGUAGAUCGGUCCGAGGUUGACGAUGUGUAAGGGUUAUAAUCUAUGAUCAGCCCUUUCUUAACCCAGCAGACUGUUUGUGUCUGUGUUUGUUCAAUUUUACCUCUCAGAAGGUAACCGUUUUAUAAAGCUCAUUUUGAAAGAUUUUUCGAAUACAAUUUCAUAGAAAAGUAUUUCAAUAUUAGAGGGUGAGCACGCAAUAUUUUCUUUCUUUAGUUUUUAUUUUUGUACGUUAGCACCCGGGUAUUAGCAAAGUAGACAAACUGUGAUCUUGUUAUUCUUGACUGUCAAAGAUGAUUUAAAUAAAAUUAUUUACGGAAAAA